AUGUCGGACCCGCGCGAGUCGUCGUCCUACUCCAUUGUCCCGAGAAUUCGGUACAACACCAUUGGCAGCAUCAACGGCCCUCUGGUCAUCCUUGACAAUGUUAAACUGCCCAAGUUCAACGAAAUCGUCACCUUGACGCUCCCCGAUGGAACGGAGCGCUCUGGCCAGGUUUUGGAAGCUCGAGGUGACCGAGCUGUUGUUCAGGUUUUCGAGGGCACUUCGGGCAUCGACGUGAAGAAGACCAAAGUCGAAUUCACUGGCGAGAGCUUGAAGCUCGGUGUCUCCGAGGACAUGUUGGGCCGCAUCUUUGACGGUUCCGGCCGCGCCAUUGACAAGGGCCCCAAGGUUCUUGCCGAGGACUACCUCGACAUCAACGGUAGCCCCAUCAACCCAUACUCUCGUGAAUACCCCGAGGAGAUGAUCUCCACUGGUAUCUCGGCCAUUGAUACCAUGAACUCGAUUGCUCGUGGUCAAAAGAUCCCCAUUUUCUCCGCCUCCGGUCUUCCUCACAACGAAAUCGCUGCCCAGAUUUGCAGACAGGCUGGUCUGGUCCAGAAGAAGGGCAUCACGAACAAGGGUGUCCACGAUGGCCAUGAGGACAACUUCUCCAUUGUCUUUGGUGCCAUGGGUGUCAACCUGGAAACCGCCCGUUUCUUCACCCGCGAUUUUGAGCAAAACGGCAGUCUGGAAAAGACUACGCUGUUCCUUAACCUUGCCAACGAUCCUACUAUCGAACGUAUUAUUACUCCUCGUCUUGCCCUGACAACUGCCGAAUACUACGCCUACCAGCUCGAGAAGCACGUCCUCGUCAUUCUUACCGAUCUCUCUGCCUACUGUGAUGCGCUUCGUGAAGUCUCUGCGGCAAGAGAAGAAGUCCCCGGUCGUCGUGGUUACCCGGGUUACAUGUACACUGAUUUGUCGACGAUUUACGAGCGUGCUGGCCGUGUCGCCGGCCGUAACGGUUCGAUUACUCAGAUUCCUAUUCUGACGCUGCCCAACGAUGACAUUACCCACCCUAUUCCCGAUUUGACUGGCUACAUUACGGAGGGUCAGAUCUUUGUUGACAGAGCCCUGGAUAACCGCGGUAUCUACCCUCCGAUCAACGUGCUGCCCUCGCUGUCCCGUCUGAUGAAGUCUGCCAUUGGCGAGGGCAUGACUCGCAAGGACCACGGCGAUGUGUCCAACCAGUUGUAUGCCAAGUAUGCGAUUGGUCGUGACGCGGCAGCGAUGAAGGCGGUCGUUGGUGAGGAGGCUCUUUCGGCGGAGGACAAACUGUCGCUGGAGUUCUUGGACAAGUUUGAGCGCCAGUUCAUCAGCCAAGGACAAUACGAGUCUCGAUCGAUUUACGAGUCUCUGGACCUUGCGUGGAGCCUGCUGCGCAUCUUCCCCAAGGAUCUGUUGAACCGUAUCCCGGCCAAGAUUCUCAAUGAGUACUACCAGCGUGCGCACAAGGAUGCCAAAGCCAAGGGGAAGGCGCGGGCCGAGUCUGAGCAACAACAAGAGGAGGGCAACCUAAUUGAUGCUUAG